GAGCUGUGAGGAGGGUGACUCACCUCGGACCAUGGCAGCAGGGCAAGACCAGAAUCUACUUUUAGCUUUGGUUGGCUGCACUGACCGCCCUCCUACCCAGCAGGCAGCGCUGGCGCACCAGAACGAUGUUACCAUCUGCCAGUAAACACACGAAGAGGAAGAAAAAAAUGACACCAGCUGCGCGCGAAAUUUGGAGCGGCCAGACUGCAGUGUAAACAAACUCAAAGUUCAGCCAUAUUUCUCUCUUAGCUCAGCUAGCUGUAGCGCUUCCGCAUGGCCCAGGAGACAGGGUACUCACCGAGCUUCAAGCGGCCGGCAGAAAUCAUUCGUCUGAGGAGAAAAAGAGCUCGAAGCACGGUUUUAUCGAGCAGUGAGGUGGUUUUGAGUUCCGGACCGAGCAGUUCGUUAUGCGGUCGAAUCUCCUCCCCAGAACCGCUCCUCAAUGAGCAGAGCUGUUCUAGAAACGACGUUAAACGGAGAAACCCGUUUGCUAACCGUGAAAACACCUCCGUCCCCGUGGUCUGCGACGAAGAUGGCGGAUAUGUCCAGACUCGGAAGAAAGUAAAGCAGGAGAAGGAGGCGAAAGAGAAGACGUCGGCAGCGGUCAGCGGCUGCUCCACUCAGAAAUGUCUCUCUGAGGACGACUCUCUGUCUGGACCAGAGGACGAACAAGUUCUGAGUCCACUGCUCAAGAGCCCCCGCACCAUCGCCUCCUCCUCCAUUGCUCCUCCCAGCUGCACUCGGUACCCGACAGACUGGAGCUUGAAGACCCGGCUGCUCUUCACCUCCCCCCACUCCCUCUCAUGGGCCGAGCAGCCCAAAGCCCAGGAAGAAGCUUUAGGCCUGAGCUGCAGCUGCAGAGCCCAGUUUAGCUCUCUGCCACAACACGCACAGUGGCAGGAUCCCCAGUUCUGCUCAGAGCUCCGCUGUGCCUUCCAGCAGUGUUUGGUGUACUGGCAGCACCCCUCCCUGCCCUGGCUCUCUCUCUUCCCCCGGAUCAACGCGGAGAGGAACUUCUCGGGGAGGAGCUCGCCCUGGGCUCACGAUGCAGCUCUGCAGCAGAGCCUGAUGAGGGACUGGUCCAUCAGCCUGUCGUCUCUCUACAGCCUUUUAAAGUCUGGACUGUGUCCAUACUUCUAUGUCUGCUCCUAUCAGCUAACGGUUCUGUUCAGGGCGGCGGGUCUCAGCGGGUCGGGCUGCAUCACUGCUCUGGUCUCUCCGACGACUCGUGGCCUCAGAGAAGCUAUGAAGUCUGAAGGUAUAGAGUUCAGUCUCCCUCUAGUGGAGGACAGGAGGAAGAGCAGUAAGCAACACCACUCAGAGGAGGAAGAGGACCAAACUGGGAGCCUGACGGAGGACGAGGACUCUCUCUCGUGUGAUGGAGACGAACAUAAGGAUGACAGCUUCUCGUGGCUGAAGGAGAUGGGAAUCCAGGAUAAAAUCAGGAAACCUGACGGCAUCAACCUGCAGCUCCAUAAGGAUGCUGCUGCGGUGUCUCUGGACCAUAAACCAGAGUCUGUAGUGUGUGUGGAAGGGUCACACACCUUCAACCUCAUCAACUUCCUCAUCAACUGUAAGAGUCUGGUGGCUGCAGCGGGGUCUCAGACGGGACUGCCUCCAACGCUGCUGGCCCCCACGCCCUUCAGAGGGGCCACGGCCAACGUGCUGAAGGGCUCUAGUGUGAAUGUGAAGACCCGGGCUGGUUCUACCUACCAGAACAUUAGCAGUUUGGAGAUCACAGGACCCAUCCUCCCCUCGUCGCUUCACGCCAUCACACGCCUGCUGCAGCUCACACAGAAAGGAACCUUCUCAGCUGCUCUCUACACACACGCACCCUCUGCCAUCAUGAAUGUAAAUACCAGUAAACUACAGCAUAGCAGUGGUUCUGUGGACCCAGCGGGCUUUGGUCUCCCUCCUGCUUCUUUCCAACAUCUGGAGCAGCCCUCCAGCCUGGGAAAGGCUGCUCUCACGCACAUCUACAUGAGAGACUCCAGCUAUACCUGGAAGAGCUAACACUAGAACAGCGAGCAUCUACAAUAGUUCAAACUCAGGAGGGAUGCUGUUGCUAUGGAUUUGUGCCAGAGGCUGUUGCAGCUGUGUUACUGCCUUCAAAAUGCAGUUCACCACCGCGUCUUUAAGUUUUUUAUGCGUCGUAUGGCCUUUGUUCUUUAUUUUUUUUAUUAUCUAUUUAUUCUAAUUACAAGUUUAAUAACCGUGAAAAACCUGCAGCGUGUUUAGUCAGAAUCAAAUUCCUACAUGAACUCUGAUCUGCAUUCAUUUUAAAGUUUAUAGGUUUUUAUUCUCUUAUUUAGUCUUUUUGGGUUUGUGUUUAGUUUUGCAGCACUUCACAAAACAAAUGUUGGAUUUAAUUAUUGAGAGAAGGAUUUCAUAAGAUUCUUAAAAUCAGCCCAAUCCUAUUAAAAGUUUUAAUAAAUUAAAUACAUUUAA